AUGGGCGACCCCUCAGCGUCGGUAUCGCCGCAGCUGCUGCACCACCUGCACGCGGUGUGCGUGAUGAAGUACCCCAUCUGCCAGAGCAUCCAGCCCGAGCACCUGAUCGACCUGCUCCUGAAGGCGCCCACAGUCGUGCAGCAGUACCCGUUCACGUGGACCAUGAUUGAGCCGCCGCCGGCGGGCACGCUGAUGCUGUCGUGGCACCCGCCGCAGAUGGGCACCGGCUGUGCGUCGGACGGGUAUGUGUGGGCGGACCCGGAGAAUGUGCAUACGGUGGAUGUCAAGGGCUAUCAAGUGGAAAUCUACUACCACAAGGCCGGCUUCAACCCCAAUCCCAACCUCCACCCUCUGCCCCACCUCCCCUCCCGAAACCCACAACUUCUGGCUCCUCCACUACCUCAACGCCGAGCGCCAGAACCAGGUCCCAUCGCCAGCAUCCCAAUCACUCAGGGCGCGCGCCAGUCCUUCUCCGCCCGCUCCUACAUCGCCCAGCUCUUCGCCGCCGGUCAACUCCCCCGCAAGGAAUUCUAUCUCGGCGACCCCAGCACCUGGCCCAUGAUCACUCUCCCCAACCAGCAGCAGCAGCAGCAACAACAGCAGCAGCAGCCGUUGCCCCCACAGACGCCGCAGUCCGCUCGCCCAAUGGCGCCCCGCGGCACACCCAUGCAGAGCGCCCCGCCCCCCCAACAACCCGGCGGCGGCUACUACACCCCGACGCCGACCCGUCCCGCGCCCCCUAAGCCUGCCCCGCCAUCCGCAAAGCGCCUCAAGCCCACGCCACCAACGCACCCGCAGGCCGCCGUGGACCCCGGCAUGACUAUCGACGAGGAGGAGGACACCUCGCGCGGUGACAUGCUCGACCACCUCUCGCCGCGCGAGAUCGCUACAACACGCUACAUCCAGCACCACGAGUGGAUGGAAGAGGUCCUCGGCAGCGUCUACAGCAUCUCGCGCAUCAAGCCCGUCGACCUUGGCCUGGGCCUCCGCGGCGAGCUCGAAAGCGUCACAAUGGGCCUCCUCGACCCCCCGUCUACCCCCAACCCCGGCAACCAACAAGGACGCACCAGCGGAAAAAGACCAGCAGGCCAUCCUAGAGCAGUUCCGCCCCCGCGUCGAACAAAAGAUCGCAGACAUCGAGGCCGAGAUCAAACACAUGGAGGCCCUGCACGCCGCACGCCUAACCAAGAUCUCCCAGAGCGGCAUCGCAAAAGAAGCCGAGCUGCGCCUCCGCAGCACCAUGGCCGCCCCACCCCCACCUCCCCCGACGCUGACGACGCCGCCGCCGGCGUCGACCCAGUCCUCGCCCAGCUCCACAGCGCAGACAUCGACACACGCGCAAUGGACGCAAUUGUUGCCGAGGUCGAGGCCGCGAUUGGCAAGAAGGUAAUAGAGAAACAGAUGCUCGUCAAGUGGGAGCUCCCCAUCGACGAGAUUGUCAAGAUGGGCGGCGUGGUGGCUGAAGGCGCCAGCGGGCUCGACACCAUCAUGGACGGCGAGGAGGAGGCAAAAGCGGGUAGUUCUGGCGCGGCAGGUGCAGAGGGGGAUGAGUUUGCGGCGCUGGACUUGGAUGUGGGCGGCGAGACGGCGUUUCAGCAGGGUGAGGGUGAGGGUUCAGCGGUGGAGGGGCAGGGGCAGGGGCAGGAGGGGGAGGAGGGUGGGCUGGCGGGCGUGGAUACGAUUAUGGACGACUUUAUGAAUGUGGACUCGAAGCCGGACACGCCAGCGGGGGAGACGAAGGACAUGGCUGGGGAAGAUGGGAAUCCGGAUGAUGGGUUUACGUUUGAUGCCGGCGAUGAUAAGGAUGGUAUCAGUGGUGACAUGCCGAGUAUGGAGCUCUUGGGCAGCGGUGAUGAUGCUGAGUUGUAG